UUGAGAAUCUGAUUAAUCUGCGUGUGCUUAAGAUUGAUCGUAGUUCAAUCCAAUCUAUACCUACUGCUCUUGGACAGUUAGAGAAACUUAAAUCCAUAGACGCUUCAGAGUGUCGAUUACUUCGACAAAUUCCAAUCGAGCUUGGGAGGCUAUCCCUUUUAAAGGUCCUGCUAUUGCGUCAUACAAAUAUUAGCAGCAUUCCAGAGACAAUUGGGGGCCUUCCUUGUCUUGAGACUCUUGAUUUAGCAUGGUGCACACAGCUCAGAACUCUCCCUGCGCUUCCCAGCAGCUUAAGUAGCGUGUCACUGACCUGUGAGUCAUCGGUGCCAAUACCGAAUCUCCCAGAUUUGAUUAACUUAAAGAAGAUAGAAUUUGUCCGGUCAGUGGUUCCCAAGGAGAUUUUGGAGUUGUCGAAGUUGGAGAAGCUGCAUAUAUCUCGGUCAAAUGUUAGCAUCUUACUGGACGGAAUUGGCGCGCUGGCUACACUUAAGGAGCUUUCUAUUGGUAAUGUCAAUCUCCAAUGCCUUCCUGAACUUCCACUAGGUCUGCGUAAGCUAUGUAUAUUACGUUGUCAUUCCCUUGCAAGAUUGACAGCGCUUUCAAAUUUGCAAAACUUAUCCGAAUUAAAGCUACACGACUGCCCUGAGCUUGUCGAAAUUGAGAGCCUCGGUGAUCUAGCGACAUUGAGAAUUUUGUACAUUUCUUUCUGCCGAAGGAUAGCUAAACUUGAUGGCCUUGAUAAGCUGGAAUCUUUGAAGAAUCUAGUUAUUUAUGAAUGUGGAAAUCUUGAGAGGCUGCCAGAUCUAUCAAAGUUGAGUGCAUUGUCUUUGAUGAUGGUAUUCAUUUGUGAAAAGCUUGUUGAAAUUCUAGUCGUUAGCAGUUGGCAGGCCAUUGAAACAUUGAAUGUGUCAAACCUAAAGUCAUUGGCUUAUGUAGAUGUUAGAGGCUGCACUAGGCUAAAAGGACUUGAUGGGCUUGAUAAAUUGGGAGCAUUGAUGAGAUUGAACAUUGCAGGUUGUAAAUCAAUUGAAAAGUUGCCCGAUCUAUCGAACUUGAAAUCUUUGCAAAAUCUCAAUGCCUGUGGCUGUGAGAAGUUACAAGGACUCGAUGGCCUCGAUAAAUUGGGUGCAUUGACACGGUUAAGUAUCAGCGGAUGUAAGUCAAUAGAAAGGUUGCCCGAUCUAUCGAACUUGAAAUCUUUGCAACAUCUCGUUGCCUAUGGCUGUGAGAAGUUACAAGGACUUGAUGGCCUUGAUAAAUUGGGUGCAUUGACAUGGUUAAGUAUCGGCGGAUGUAAGUCAAUAGAAAGGUUGCCCGAUCUAUCGAACUUGAAAUCUUUGCAAGAUCUCGGUGCCUAUGGCUGUGAGAAGUUACAAGGACUUGAUGGCCUCGAUAAAUUGGGUGCAUUGACAUGGUUAAGUAUCGGCGGAUGUAAGUCAAUAGAAAGGUUGCCCGAUCUAUCGAACUUGAAAUCUUUGCAAGAUCUCGAUGCCCAUGGCUGUGAGAAGUUACAAGGACUUGAUGGCCUCGAUAAAUUGGGUGCAUUGACACGGUUAAGUAUCAGCGGAUGUAAGUCAAUUGAAAAGUUGCCCAAUUUGUCAAACCUAAGAUUGCUGGAAAUUUUUAGAGCAGAUGGUUGUGAGAAGUUGCAAGAAGUUGAGGGGCUGAAAAAAGUGGAAGAGCCACCAACUCAGCCGAAGUGGAAACUGUGGCAAUGUCUAGAUGGUAAUGGUAUUGAGAAGUUACAAGAACUUGAUGGGCUUGAUGAAUUGAGAUCAUUUUGGGGGUGGUUUGAAGAUAGGACAUCUGAGAAGUUACUCAACCAAUCGAACUAUGGAGUAUUGAGACAAUGGUAUGCCGAUGGCUGCGAGAAGGUACCAGAACUUGAGGGCCUCGAAAACCUGGAAAAUUUUCACUUAGACGUCUCUGAAGAUUCAAAUCAAUUGAGAUUCUAUAAGAUUUAUAAUUGGUAGAGUGCCUUGCUAGUUUUUUUGGUGGGAAAAGAUAUUACCUGUACGACACUUGGGUAUGAGUCAUAAUAAGGGAUGCAUGGGGCAGACAGAGGACUACUCUCCUUUCCAGGUUGUUCAAUAGCAAGUGCUUGAAAGGGGUGGCCCUCAUGAUUGCAUGCAGAGGCAAGUCCUGACCAGCAAAUAUGGCUAAUAAUGGAGUAAAAAGCUGCAGAAUGGAGAGAACAUGAUCAGACAAAAACCCAGGCAAGUACUUUUCGUAAGCAAAUGUGCAAUACUGUGAAAGCAGCUUCUGCGGUCCACACCUGGGAUGAUGAGGAGCUCUAUACUGGAGGCACAGAAGAUAUCGGUCCUGAGCUUCUUGAAGGGAUCAGGCAGUGCGAGACCUGACAAUCUUUCAGUUGUUAGAUUAAAAUUUGGCAACUUCUUUACAGGGAACAUGGGAGUGAUUUUUGCUUCUGGUUGCAUGGAAAGAAACAUGAUGCUUCGGAAAGAUUUGAUGGUUAACUCUGGUCGGGAUGAAAUUUUGGCAGCGGCUUUAAUACUCGUGGAACUAAAGUCUGAAAGGUCAGAAUUUAUAUUCGAGCUUUGUAGGUGUUUGUUUUGGUCGUGUUUGUAAAUUGUAAUCCACCCAUUGUGGGUGAUGAAUUUGGCUUUUGGUGAUCCGAGAGAGUGUUCUCUUGAGUUUGGGUUAAUCCGAGGGCUUGCCCUUGAUGAAAAACAAAUUGUAAUCUCCAUCGAUCUAGUGGAAAGUUGAUCUGGACUCGGUCCCGUGGUUUUUCCCUUCAUUAGGGUUUUCCACGUAAAAAGUUCUCGGUGUCCCUUUCAGUUGCUGCGUAAUUGACUCUUUGA